ACUGGAAGAGGUCAAAGUUGAACAUGAGAAAAGCUUCCAGAGAAACGGAUCCUCAGAAACCUCCGGUUUACCUUUCCAGAUUGAACAAUUUUUGUCCUGAAUCAGGGACAAGUAAACUGAAAUAAAUUCUGCAAAAUUAACCUUUGACCAGAUGUGUUUUUUCUGCAGUGAUGAAAAGUGACUUCACUUUAUCAUAUAAUAUAUUUUUUAUAGUAGUUAUAGCUCCUCAGGAAACUGAAAAGAUUAAACAUUACUGUCAUACAGUAAGUCUUCAGUCAGAGGCCUCUACAGAUUUCUUGCAUGACUGCUACUGGAGAUGAACAAGGAUUCUCUGAAGAUACUCAGGUGAUCAGUUACAGCAACAUUUAGUUUCCCUUUAGGAUAAAUUUAGUAUUGUUGAAUUGAAUAAAUAAUUACAUGCAUUUUUUAUUCUUUAAGAUGAUAAAGAUAAUGAUGUAGAACCCAAAGUGAGAUUCAAUUACGUAAUAGCAAACACUAUUUUCUACUUUAAUACAGAAUUAUAACUUUUACUUUUAAAAUCUCAUACAAUUAGUUUUUUUUAAUCAUUGUUCAAGCCGAGAAUUAUUUUAUUUUGACAGACCGGAAGUUGGGUUGUAGCGGUUAGCUGAGCUCCUGCUAAAAGCUAAGCGUUUAUUUAUCAUCAGUUUUGCUUCAGAAUAAAACCAGAAACACACGAACGACUGGUACCGACUGAAGCUCGAGUUUAAAUGUACAUAUGGUCACAAACUGUGACUAAAGGCCUGAUUAUUGUUUUCGUCGUGGUCUGUUAGCAUGCUAGCCGCUAGCAUCAGCGCUCAGAAGCUCUAUAGACGGCUUCAGGCGGAGCUGAAAGCGGUUCCGGUCGACGGUGAAACCCGAAUAUUUACGGACACUUAAGCGCCCCCUGCAGGACAGGCAGUUUCAGAAGAGAAGCGCCAGAGACGGAAGGUAACCCAGGUGUGGUCAGGUGAGCUUUGGGCCCCGCCCCCUUUCCAGCGCCGCAGGUGCGCCUCAUUAUAAGGCUGAGAAUCAGAAUGAUGGCGUGUCUGUCUGAAGAGAAGAGCAGAAAUGUCAACCAGCGGAGUGAAACCCGCAGCCCAGAGUCCGCUGCUGUCCUCCAGCUUCUCUUCCAGCCCCUGGUCGUGUGUUUGUGCCAAUUCUUGGUCCGCGGCCAUGUGGAGCGGCGUUCCCGACCUAAUGCCCGCUGCCCCGGGAAGCUCCUCUCCCGAACCGUGGCUCCUCCCCGGCUGCAGCUCCGUCUUCGACACCCUGGUCAGCAACACGUCUCCGAUCCCGUCUCCUUCGGCUGCAAGCGGAUUUCGAGGACGAGAGCGAACCGGAAGCAAGCCUCGCCGGCCGUCCAUCCUGGAGCGCUGCAUCCUCAAGGUGUCCACCAGCAGUGUGGCGGUGGGGACGGACGACGUGGACGGGAAAAGGCCUUCGUUCCCCCGCUGCUACCCCCGAUUGCCAGACCCGGCCAACACCGAGACGAAUGCGGCGGUCCUGAAGCGCCGCCAGAAGCAGAUCCAGUAUGGGAAGAACACCAGUGGCUACCAGAACUACCUGCAGCAGGUCCCCAAACACCUGCGGGACCCGAAGCUCCACCCAGCCACGCCCAACAAGUACCGGAAGUACAGCCGACGCUCGUGGGACAUGCAGGUGCGUCUGUGGAGGCGCGCGCUGCACCUGUGGGACCCUCCGGCCAGCGAUGCGCCGGACACGCCCGACCCGGUGGAGCAGCUGCAAAGCCAGCUGGCCAAGAUGACGUCGGACCUGUGCGAGGACGGAGGAGACAAGCAGAGAGAGAAGGAGACUCCUGCAGCCUCUGAUGCCUCCUCGGUGUCUCUUCUGUCUGUGGACGUUUCUGGAGCCUGGACCGUCCCGCUGUCCCCACCGGAGACAAGCCACCGGCCUUUUCGCUCUCCUCCUGGUCUCAGCUACUCCAGCAGGAGUCAACUAACCCCUGAUGACGGCAUGAAUGACUGGCUCCGCCUCCUGAUGGAGACCGACCACACCCCAGAUUUCGGCUCUGAUGACCAGCAGGUUCCUGUGUUUUCUGACCAGCUCUUCUGGAAUCCGUACUGACGACCCGAUCCAAGCCCCGUUGGACCUGAUGUUGCCUGAACUGGACCUGACCUGUUUUCUGCUGAUUCUGAACUCUAACCAAGAUUUUGGGGCUUUGGAGCCAGAAACUCACUUGUCUUUUAAAGAUCACCACAAACCUACGUCAUCGCCGGUGGCGUGCGACCAGUCCCUGGUCCGGUCCCCGCCCCCGGCGGUUGGACGCCUUACUGUUAGCACUAGUUUUAUUUGAACUGCGUCAGAAUGAGCACAGUCACCUGCAUCACGCCGGAAUCCUGCACUGAGGGAACGUCACGAGUUUGUCCCGUUCGUCACUCGGUUCUUCACCUUCAUCCUCCGCUCCUCCUCCUCAUGUUUCUUUUAAAAAAUGAAGCUCCUGAUCAGUGGAGUCAAAGUGCUGCCACUUUUGUGUUCUGAGAUUUCUUUUACUUCUAUGUGCUGCUUUGAGUAAAGUGAAAUGUGAUUAAUAAAGAUGUAAAUAAAGAGUUGAAACCUUAAA